AAUGAUACUCCUGAUGAGAGAGGUAAAAGACUGCAGAGCAUGCUUUUAAACAUAUGCGGCAUCACUGAACUUGUGAAUGCAAAGAAGGGUGAAGGGUUAGUUUUCCUUCGAUUUUGCACUGUUGAUAAUUCCAUACACGACGAUCCGGCUUUUGAGAAGAUAAGAGAGUACAUCCUGGAAGCAGCAGUGUACCAGGACCAGUGGGAAAGAGAACUGCCAGGCUCAUGGCUUGCUCUAGAGAGGGAGAUUCUAAAACAACGAGAAUGGAAACACGUUAUGACAAUUCAAGAGAUCAAAGAAUUGGAUAUCCAAUGUGAAUAUCCCAUUGGUGAUGAAGAAAACAUCAAGAUGUUUCUUGAGUACCUUCACUCCACCAGAUCGGUGUUGUAUAUACGCCAGUACGGAAAAGUGAUAAUUAAUCCUCAGUGGGUCAUCAACGCCUUCAGAGAAAUCCUAACAGAUGAGAAGUUCCUGGAUCCUAAUGACCUCCUCCUCAUGGCUGACUUUAUCAAAUACUCACAAAGCGCUCUUCUGACAGUGGAUCUCGCAAAGACCCUGUGGAAGUCGAAAAAGGAUGGUUCGUACAUUCAGCAUGUCGACAUUCUCUUCGCUUUCUUAGAAGAGUUCGGUCUCCUGGUCAAGGCCUGUCUUGGUCAGGACCAACAGGGAAAUCCGAUAUACGAUGAUGACUACACCGUCCCAAGCAAACUCCAAAAUAUUCCAGACAUGAAUCAAAUCUCAGAUCUUCUCAAUGCCAAAGGGACAGUUUGUUCUCGGACGCUGUGCUUCGUAUUUCAGGAUGUCUUUACUCCGCAGGAAUUGUUCGAACGAAUAUACGCAGGAGUCAUCAAGGUAUUCCGACCAGCCAAGGAAGACUCUGGAAGAAGGCCCCACGACGCAUGUCGCUCAAAGCAGAUCUAUAAAGGACUCGGCUGCUUCAAGAUAGACGAUCUCUGUAACAUGGUCGUUCGGACUCAGUGGGAACAGUCUGUGAUAGCGGUCACGUUGUUUACGACUUCGGAGCCUCGGAUACCAGAGGACACCGGAUUGAAAGUUAGACAGAUUCUGGAGACAAUUAUACGACACACUCUAGAGGUGAGCCGCCAGGAGCACCUGAGGUACGGACACCAGCUCCACUGUAGAUUUUACCUGGAGCAAUCAGACAUUCCACGAGAGGGAGACGGAAUAGUCAGGGCAGUGAGAGGUCUGUCCUGUCAGGGCGUGGACUGUUCUGGGGCCCACGUCCUCACAAAACGUGACUGGCACGUUUGGUUUCCAGUUUCUGAGACGGUUCCUCAAUCAGUGAUCGGCAGGAAGGAACCAAGAACAUAUGACUGCGGGCUGCUGACAGACAAAGGUCUACAAGAAAACAUUGCCGUCAAGCUUGGAGCUGGCUGGGAAUGUGUAAUGACGUGUCUGGAUAUUCCUAGGCACACAGUUGACCGGAUUAAGAUGGAUAAUCCGUAUUGCACUCUUACCCAAAUAACCAAGGCCUUGAUCCAUUGGCGUGACACCUUCCCCACAGACAUUUCGGAGGAGGAAAUGUUAAGAGCAUUGUCAGAAGCUUUUCGAGAGUCCGGGGCUGACAGUGUCGUCAUUGAUGGGCAGCUCGAGAUGUUUUCUAUUUAAG